AUGACACUGACCUGUAGAACCACCAGCUGUCCUCUGACUGGUAACCCCACCUACACCUGGUACAAGAACGGACAGAUAGUAACUGUGAAGACUUCCACCUAUUCAGUCCUCCCUAAUGCUAAGGACAGCUACUCUUGUGCUGUAAAGGGUCAUGAGGAUCUCCACUCUCCUGCAGUGUGUGUUCAGUAUCAGUACUGCAACAGAAUGACUUACACAAAUAGGAGAAUGUGUGUCUUGAAGGGGUCAACAGUGGACAUGUCCUGUACUUAUGACAGUGGUUAUAAUAGAGUCAAAUCAUCACUUUGGUUUAGUCCUAAACGGAGUGCUAGUUGGACUAAUAAGUUGACACCUGAGGACCUAACCAGAGACCCAGGGUAUGCAGGUCGUGUGAAGUACCCUGACAAAGAGAGAUGGAGAUAUAAAGAUCCCUGCAUCCUGAGAAUCACAGAUCUGAGAGAGGAGGACUCAGCUGAGUAUCGCUUCACUUUUAAAACAGACAACUUUGAAUGGGGUCAUAGUUUCCCAGGAACAACUCUGUCUGUCACAGGUCUGCAGGUGAAGGUGACUCCUGCUGCAGAGGGACAGAGAACACUGACCUGUAGCACCACCUGUAUUCUGACUGACAACCCCACCUACAUCUGGUACAAGAACGGACAGGUUGUAACUGAGAAUACGUCCCUCUAUUCAGUCCUCCCUAAUGCUGUAGACAGCUACUUCUGUGCUGUAAAAGGCCAUGAGGGACUCAGCUCUCCUGCAUGUUAG